CGGCCCUUUGUGCCGCACAUCCCCUUUGAUUUCUAUGUCUGUGAGAUGGCUUUUCCCCGCGUAAAACCUGCCGCCGAUGAGACUGCGUUCAGUGAAGCCUUGCUGAAGAGAAAUCAAGAUCUUGCUCCGACUGCCGCUGAACAGGCUUCUAUUCUUUCUCUGGUGACCAAAAUAAACAACGUGAUUGACAAUCUAAUUGUAGCACCAGGAACAUUUGAAGUGCAAAUUGAGGAAGUUCGCCAGGUGGGUUCCUACAAGAAGGGCACCAUGACGACGGGGCACAACGUGGCCGAUCUGGUUGUGAUUCUGAAAAUUUUACCCACCCUGGAAGCUGUGGCAGCCUUGGGAAACAAAGUCGUGGAAAGUCUGAGAGCACAGGACCCCAGCGAAGUCCUGACCAUGCUGACCAAUGAGACCGGCUUUGAGAUUAGCUCAGCCGAUGCGACGGUGAAGAUCCUUAUCACCACGGUGCCACCCAAUCUUCGCAAGCUGGACCCUGAACUACACCUGGACAUCAAAGUGCUGCAAAGCGCCCUGGCUGCCAUCAGACACGCUCGCUGGUUCGAGGAGAAUGCUUCGCAAUCCACGGUGAAGGUCUUAAUCCGGCUGCUGAAAGACCUGAGAAUUCGAUUCCCUGGCUUUGAGCCCCUCACACCCUGGAUUCUGGACUUGCUGGGGCACUAUGCUGUGAUGAACAACCCCACCAGGCAGCCCCUGGCUCUCAACAUCGCCUACAGGCGCUGCCUUCAGAUCCUGGCCGCGGGGCUCUUCCUCCCUGGAUCUGUUGGUAUCACUGAUCCCUGCGAGAGCGGAAAUUUCAGAGUCCACACCGUUAUGACCCUCGAACAGCAGGACAUGGUAUGCUACACUGCGCAGACGCUCGUCCGGAUUCUCUCUCACGGAGGCUACAGGAAAAUCCUUGGCCAAGAGGGUGAUGCCAGCUACCUGGCUUCCGAAAUGUCCACAUGGGAUGGAGUGAUAGUGACGCCUUCUGAGAAGGCUUACGAGAAGCCUCCAGAGAAGAAAGAAGGAGAAGAGGAAGAAGAGAAUCAGGAAGAACCCGCUACAGGCGAGGAGGAGGAAAGCAUGGAGACGCAGGAAUGA